AUGCUGAUGAGCCCCAGUAAGGGUGAAACAGCUGCCCAUGGCUGUCAUUGCCCGCGUGAUAUGGCUGUGCGCAUAUGUGAGGUAAUGGCUAGGCCGUGGGUUGGUGUAUGUGUGCUCCUUGCUGUGAUUUACUGGUAAUUCGUGAUCCACCUUCCCCGCACAUGUUGUGGUGGAACUGCUGUUCGGUUCCCAGCCAACAGCUCCCACAUGUGUUGUGUGGAGCUGGCACUUGAUAGACUGCUUUGCACUCACCUCGGCAGUAAGGUGUUUUUGAGACGCGGGUUUUCCCUGUUCAUUAACCCAACGGCUGUGCCACGCUGGUGGGCCCCAAUAAGGGUGAAAAAGCUGUCUGUGGCUGCCACUGCCCCUGAAAUCUUUGCUCGUUGUCACUAAGCGAUAGCUAUAACUAGUUAAUAAUUAUUGUUCAGGCAUUCAGCCUCUUUUAAAAUAUUCUCAUUUAAUGUUACACCUUUCUCCUGCUACUAGAAGUGUUAAUGAAAACCCUGAAAAGUUGGGCUGCAGUAUUUUGUUUAUGACAAAUUCUUGGAAGCUAGAAAUUAAGGUCUUGGUGCAAUACAGUACAGGCUACCUUAAGUGCUUUCAUGGCCACAAACUUGAAAGAGAUAAUUAUGGUUGGUGUCAUUUCUAUCCCCUCCCAAAAUCAAAAUAUAAAAGAUGGGAAAUGUACCUGUGUAACAGUUGUAUAAUUAAACAUGUUUGUUUGCCGAUUUCAUCUCAUAACACCUACUUGGUUGCUUAAAUUGUCUUGUUAUUAGAUCAACAUUGAACUUGUUAGUCAGAGACAUGGCUUAAAGUAACCUGUUAUUUGGCCAAAGCUAGGUUGUCAGAUGGUAGGAAAUGAAUAAAGUUAAGGCAAAGGUCUACACUGUAUGUUGAAAACUUUCUCAUUCUUUUUGUUUUCUUCAUAGGAAGAUUAUGGAGGGAACAACAUCACCCAUUUUAGCUGGCAAGUAAGUAAUCUCAGUGGUAGAGAAUGCAUUUUUUAUUUCAGUAGCAAUGUAUUUAGCACAAGCAUGCUACAUGUAAUUGGGGACACUAUUUUUACGUCUCCUACGGGAGACGGGACCGAUAUUUUACAUGUACAUUGUCAUCCAAACCACACAAAUGUUUAUCUGCUUGCAGUGCAAAGGAAGUACCUUCAUUUCUCAGUUAUUUUAAGACCCUGAGUUUUGGUCCAGUCCCAGGAAUCGAGCCUGCAACUUUUUGUUUUGCAGUCACAUGCUCUAGCAACUGAGCUAACACUGUGGCAGUAAAAAUCUGGACUACAUUAUUUUAGUAACCUUAAUGUUACAGGUUCGACUCCCAGUAUACCUGAUUUUUUCUUCUGAAACACCUUUGUCUUUUUUAAUCAGGUUAAAAACAGAAAAUAAAAACAUCUUGGUCAAGUAUUCACCGGAUUUACCAAUCAGAUUUCUAUCAUUUUACAUAGACGCAUAUUAUGUUCUAUUCCCAGCAGUAUGCAGGAUGUUUGUCACAUGAACCUACGUGUAGGGUGCCUUCUUUUGGGAUGAUCCGGAUAAGGAUCAGUGAUCCGUGAUCACUCAGAUCAUGGUAGAUCAAAUGACCUGCCAAAUCCCUGUCCAGAGUGGAUUCAUCGGUUCAUUUGAUCUACCAUGAUCCGAGUGAUCACAGAUCACUGAUUCUGAUCUAGAUCAUCCCAAAGGAAUGCACCUGUGGUUUGUGGCCUUAGCUCCUACCAGUCUGCUAUAACUCAGUGGUAAAGCACGCAGUCGCUGGACUAGCAAUAAAAAGGUCAUUGGUUUUCUUCCAAGUGGCCUGUGUCGUAUGACUGAAAAUAGAAAUGUAACAAACAUUUUCUUGUGCCUGUUACUUACAGUGCACAUUACAGGCAAAACAUACUUACUUACUGCCUGCAAUGCCCAGGCAAAACAUACGAUGUCAUUGUAGAAGUACCAGGGUGUUGCCACAUCCUUGUAAGUGGUGAUUUAGAGUCUUUUCCGUAUGUUUUUUUUUUCAGUAUAUUAAAUGAAUCCAUUCCCAAAGAUGAAGCUGAUCAACUUCUUCAAGAUCUUCUGCAUGAAAUGAGUAAGUUUUUGUUGCAGGUGACAAGAAGAGCCUGCAAUCCUAAUCUCCGUGUUGUUACAUUGUGUAUUUUGUACAACUGUAUGUAGCCAGUAUUUGUUUGGACUUCCACUAAGAAUGGAUGGAAUGCACAGAGCGCAAUUUGAUCACUCGCAUUUGGACCUUCUAUCACUCGUAACCUGAUCACACGUGCUUUGACCAUCUGAUCACGUGAAACAUGCACAAAACACAGCAGCGCACAUUGGGGCAAAAGCUUUUUGACCUUUGAUCAUUGUCGCCUGCGCUCUGUAACCUUUGGUUAUUACUAAUUAAGUACUAUUUUUCCUGUCUUCAAACUGUUAUUUUGUUGCUAAAAUGAUUUAUUUUCUUUUUUGCAGAUGAGGAAGGUUUUGAUGAAAUCAGGUUCGCUGCUUAUCGAUCCGCUGCCAAACUUCUUUUUGUGCAGAGCAAGACAAACUGUAAGACCUAGUUAAUUUUUUUUGCCAUGAUGGUGCAGAUUAGCAACUAACUGUUGAUCAUCUUUUUCUGAGCUGGUGUGGCAUUUUGUUAAAUUUGCCCUUGGGUGACUAAGAAAUCUUAGUUAUCCGGGAAGCAGAGAAUUGUAAAUGAAACUUGAGAAUUGAAAUAAUUGUAGAAUCGGAAGUGAAUAAUGGAUCACAACUCUUAUUAUAGUAUUCUCCGAUUCUGAGCACUCAAUUGGAGAAUGGUAGAACGAAUCUUGAGAAUUUACGUAAUUGUAGAAUCAGAAGUGAAUAGUAGAUUAACUCGUAUUAUACCAUUCUCUGAUUUAGCACUUAUCACAUCCUUCUGCCCUGGUUUAGAGUAGCUUAAGCUUUUUUAUGACAUUAUAUUAUCUUGUAAAGACUGAUGUGCAGAGUAUCAUGUUAACCUGUGCAAGUUCACAGAAUUAAAGUUAACAUUGAGAAUUUUUUGUUUAUACUUCCUGAUAGUGUACUUGGUUGACGUUUUUAACAUGAUUGAAGCAUUUCGAGAAAAUGGACUAAACACUCUUGACCACAACACAGAGCUGCAUGAAACACGACUGGAAGCAAUCGUAUCAAGCAUAUUUUAUGCCUUGAACAAGCGAUUGCCCACAACUCAUUAUAUCGAUGUUGAGCGGUCAAUAAGCUUGGUAACAAACUGGCUUUUAUAUGCAUAUGACAGGUGAGAUCUGUUGACCUGCAAGGAAAGUUCUUUUAAUUUAAAGGAACUGGAAAUUACUUUAUUGAUUAUAUACGCACAGAAAUGAAAUGGCAGACUAACCCGCAUUCUAUAUAAUUAUAUUAAAAAUAAUUCUAACAAUACUUCGAGGCUUUAAGGUCAAAAUUGCAAAUUUUACAUGACUCCAUUGUCUUGCAGUUCUCAGAAGAGACUUGAAGACAAAGAAAACCAAACCAAAUAUAGAAAAAUGGCCAGAAAGCCUUGGAGUCAUGUUAGAAAGUUAAUAAUUAUAUCGAGUGUGGGCUAUUGUAUGCUCCAUGGACAAGCAAAUCUCAUAUUUUGUUCACUCAGGGCCAUUGCAUGCAUAUCGUACUAUAGUUUGUAGACUUGACAUUUUGCCUGGGCCCUGACCCAUCAAGCAACUGACCUUGUAACUUGCCCAGCUGGAGAGACAGUUGGGUUUUUCAAUCCCUGAUGUGUUAUACAAUGUUGAUAAAACUUCUUCUUUUACACGUGUAUAUCAAGGGCACCAAAGGCUAGGCAGGAAAAGGUGCAUAUUAAUUGUUAGAUGCACAUUAUUCAUCUGGUAAUCAGAAUUAUGAGGCUACCCAAUGAGAAAUGUUUUGUUUUUAUUCUAUGAUGAAUAAAACCUGUUUAUUGUUACUAUAUUUUUUUAGCUUGAUUUCUUGAAAAAUAAAUUUAAACACAUAUUACUCAAAAAAAUCCUGCCUAUUGAUCACAGGCGAAGACUAGUAGAUUUUAUUCCUGCUGGGCAAUUUAUCUUCUAUGCCUGAGCUUUUCGUGGUGAUAAAGAAGUAAGCUAUAUGGCAAGACAAAUGUAUUCAACUGGCUGAGCUGAGCAAAAUGUGAGAGCUGAUUGUUCAACAGUCAAGCUAAAAUUCAAGUGUUUUUUUUAAAGCUCUGCAAUAUUUAUUUACAUGAAGAGGAUUUAGUGAUCCAGUGAAGGUUCUUAAUUAUUAGUUAAAUAUGCAAUUUAUUUGUUAAAAUAAUUAUGACCUGUUUUGAAAUUUCUAUUUUAUUUUUUGUGGUGUGAUUAUAAUUGCAUGUACAUUUGUAUCUUACUAUCCUAAUGUUUGAUUCAAUAGCAUAAGAGUGAUCUCAGCUGAUUCUUCGCUUAUUUUUGCAUUGCAGUGAUGCUAUUGGUAGGAUACGUGUAUUGUCAGUCAAAACAGCUCUUUCAACACUGUGUGCUGGCCGUCUUGUAGAUAAACUUAGAUGUAAGAAAUCACGUAUAAUCUCAGUCUGUGUUUUACUAGAAAAUAGCCAUACUCCCCCAAAGGACUGUUGUUUUUAGAUUAACACCCUCUGUGACUUGUAACCUUGAAUCUAAUACCGGUAAUAAUAAUAAUAAUGGAAUUUAUAUAGCGCUUAUUCAUCGCUGUUUUAAGCGCUUUACAAUGUAAAAAAAAAAAAAAAAAGAUAUGUUUUCAGGGCUGUCAUUAAGGAUUAGGGUCUGGGGAUUUUCUCCAGCUUCUAUAAACAUGACCAUACCCUGGCUAUAAAUGGAAAACAGGACCAAAAGAACUUCCUGGGUGUUCACUUCCUUGCAUACUAACUGAGGAACAACCAUUUUAACUAUCAUUUUUGCAGCGUUUAUCAUAAAUUCUUCAACCCUGUCUCAUGUUUUACUUCUACACCAAUAAACCACAAAGUUUUUUUUUUGCAAAAUACCAGUUUUAUUAGAAAGCCACGUGUCAUCUCGGGUGGGGGGAGGGGGGCACCCCCUGCAUCCUCCCGCUAGAUUCAUCCCUGUGGGACUGGAUCAACUCUCAAGAUCUUAAAAUAACUGAGGAAUGAAGCCUUUGCCCUGCAAAUGGCUAGACUUUCAUUUGACUCGGAUAACCACAUAAAAUGGUGGUCCUAAAAAUAGUGUCCCCAAUAAAUUAGUUCUUUCAGGCCAAAUACAUUGACACCAAAAGUGCAUUUUUUGUAUGAAAAAUCAGCUUUUCACCUUCUUUUUUUUUUCUUGCAGACCAUUUUUCACAGAUAGAAGAUGACAAUGGCCUGUUGAACUUCCCUAAGUUUGAAGCUUACCUGAGAGAGUUGUUACAGGUUGGAUAAGAUUGUACAUUGAUAAAAUUAUCUGUAAAUCAGAUCCCUACUAAAAUGCUGCAAAAAAAAUACAUAAAAAGCAUAGAUGAGGGCAGUACCUACACUGUAAAAAUGUACUUGUAUAUCUUCCUGUUUUAGUGUUUCAAUUGACAAAUAAUAUCAUAAAAAACUUUAAAAUGCAUGAAAUUGGAAAGGAUUUUCACUGGGAUCUUGUUAGUCCCUCCCUCACAAAGGUCAAUGGCAUUCUCAGUCAAUCAUUAUUGAUCAUCUCUUCCUAAGCACUAGAAUUACCGGUAACAAAAGUUAGGCUCUACCAUGCUCCCAGGUACUACAUUAUUUUAGAAAACGUAAUAUCAAUACACCUGUACUUGCACUUUGUUUCGUUUGUGUGGUGCCAAAGUUCAGUUUAGUUUUUUUUAAAGGCACUUUUAUGUCCUACCUCUCAUCACAAUAUUAACUCUGUUAAACUCUACUAACCACAUUAGGUUUUGAAGAAUAAAACCAGGUUUAACUAAAAAAUAUAACCCAGUUAAUAUAACCUAGUUAGCUUGCUAAUAUUAUUGUAAUCAACAGGUACUAGUACUGUCUGUUUAUAGAUCAGCCAAAACUAUUCAUCAUUUUAUUCAGUGUUUGUCAGUUAUUUUAGGCAGUUUUUCCCUUUUGAUAGAAAUUCAAUAAUAUCAUUAUUGUAAGUACUUUUAUUUCCUGGGGAAAACAAUCUGGCCUUAGAUUAUUCAACCAUAUUAUUAUUUGCAUGUUCUGUAUCUGCUUAGCAGCAGAGCUUAGAGCAGCCUUCAUAGAGGAUUCCUUCUUUUGUUUUUCCCAUACAAGCGAUGCAUUUAGUGGAGAGGACGUCUAGUUCACACUCAUUAGGCAGCUUUUCGUUAGCUUGCCAGCAAGCUCUUCUAUUUGGGCAAGUGAAGAGAGCCACGCGAGAAUGGGCAAGCGAGCGGUGAAGCCGCAAGGGGCCUUUCUCUCCCCCCCCCCUGCUUUCGUGUCUCCUCUCCUGUCUACUCCCCCAGAUGGAGAGCUUGCUUGCAGUCUACCUUUCUGUUGACUUUUAUUUUUUCUUUUCAGCUUCCUGCCGCUGUUGGAGAGGCUCCCACAUUUGGCUUUACUGAGCACAUGGCAAAUAAAUUCUUCAAGCCAGAAGGGGUAAGAAGCUUAACUAUUACUUACAUGACAGUAGUAUUUUACUUAUUCUGGCAAACAAAAUAAUUAUUUCCUCUUAAUGGAUAUAAUUUUUGCAUUCCAUUGGGAAUUUUAGUGAAGUCAGAAAUCCAGAUGCAUACAAAAUGUAUUUUAAAAAAUUAAUAAUACAUUAGCAGUGAUUUUGUUACUUCUGCAUCCUGUGUCAUAAAAAUUCCUGAAAACGCAGAAUAAUUCAUAGCAUGCGUCCUGUAGGAUGCAAAGAUCGAUCGAUCUGAACUUGUGUCUUUUUUUAGAAAUAAUAUUCUUUUUGUGUGAUUUCUGUGGUAGUUAUUUAUUAUUUAUCACUCUUGUUUAAUUACAGGUUAACGCACUCAGCGAGUGAAUUAUCGGGAUUUACAUGCACGAGUUCACUAACAAUAAUCAAGAAAUAAUUUCAAUACUGUACGAGGCUUUGCAUUCUGUGGUAUUGAAAAUUAGAGUUCAUUGUUAGUGACCGAGUAUAGGCAAAUCCCGAUAAUUUACAAACAGUGAGUGUGUUAACAUUUUUAUCAUUCAAAUUGAAUGUACUGCACAAAGCUGGCAAAACUGUUGACAACACACAAAAACACCUCAACUAUCUUGAAUGAAAACUUUAAAAUUUGCAACCUUACCUUUCGUAACAGAUAUUCCCCAAGCAGUUGCUUUCUUGGUGUUUUUAAGGAAUUGCAUCAUCAAUAAGAGAAUCAAUGUCUGCAUCUAACAAAUGUCAAACUUUGAGUCAGCCGAAACCAUGGUGUAAUGACAGUGGUGUGUUGAAUUUACACCACGGCUAUUAUACCACGAUAAUGACAUCAAGGUGAUUGUUUCAUCACAACCCAAUAUAACGUGGUACAAAUCAGCCAAUCACAAAAUCGGAAUUUGUACAGUGUAUGAAAGUUGAAUAAUAAUAAUGCAUUAUUUCGUUAAGCCUCUCAACUGACUGCUUUGAAAUAGAAGAAGUAUAUUUUAAUUAUUUCAGAAAACUAAAUUGUAUAGUGCUAUGUUUUGGAGCCCACGCAUUUUCAAUUUCCG